AUGGCUGCAUGGAAGAUGCAGAUCGCAGCUGCUGUGCUGGUUCUGGCAAUGAUGGUGCUGGUCUCCAAGGCCAUGGCACAGAACAACGGCUGCUCGAGCGUGAUGAUGACCCUCUCCCCAUGCCUCGACUUCAUCGGGAGCAAAUCGCCGGAACCUGGGUUCUCCUGCUGCACCACGCUUGCCGGCGUCGUCCAGACCGACCCCCGCUGCCUCUGCAUGGUCCUUGACGGCACCGCCACAUCCUUCGGCAUCGCAAUCAACCAUACUAGGGCCCUCGAGCUCCCUGGCAACUGCAAGGUACAAGCACCACCGACUAGCCAGUGCACAGGAAGCACAGGUUCAAACGCAACAUCAAGCUCCAGAAACUCAAGGAAUGCAGCGAGUUUAAUGGCCACUGUGCUUAUCCCCGCCUGUGCACUAAUCUAUGUCUUCUAA